UCCUUCCCUUCUUUCUUCGAUAUUAGCCUCUGGUGGUUUGAGAUAACCAGACACACACACAGAGAGAUAGAAUUAAGCAGAGAGAGAGAGAGAGAGAAGAAAUAUGGCACUGAGACUGUGGGCGUCUUCAACAGCCAAUGCACUUAGAAUCUCCACUGCCUCCAAAUCCCAACUCUCUCCUGCAUUUUCUCUCUCCAGAUGCUUUUCCACUGUUUUGGAUGGAUUGAAGUAUGCAUCUUCACAUGAGUGGGUGAAGCAUGAAGGCUCUGUGGCAACAAUUGGCAUAACUGAUCAUGCUCAGGACCAUCUUGGAGAAGUAGUGUUUGUUGAGCUACCAGAAGCUGGUCGCUCAGUCUCUCAAGGAGGCAGCUUUGGAGCUGUGGAAAGUGUCAAAGCAACCAGUGACGUAAAUUCCCCAAUCUCCGGCGAAGUCGUCGAGGUUAACUCAAAGCUUACUGAAUCACCUGGUUUGAUCAAUUCGAGCCCAUAUGAAGGUGGAUGGAUGAUCAAGAUCAAGCCCAGCAGUCCAUCAGAACUAGAAUCCUUGUUGGGACCUAAAGAAUACACGAAGUUUUGUGAGGAAGAAGAUGCAGCCCAUUGAACUAAUUGAUUUUCAGCUGUUUAAGGUUUAAUUAAUGUUUGUUGAAGUUGUUAAAUAUUAUUAUCAAAGUACUGCAGAAUCUAGGUCAUAACUCAUGUUUCAACCUUCUGCCUACAUUUUAUGUGAAUAAAAGUACUUGUUGAAUCAAAA